CUUGUCUGCAGAGGAACAGAACAGGCAGGCCGUAGCCAAUGCCUAAAUCAGUCAGUACCUACCCUGCCAGGGCGGUUUUGCAGAGACUGACACGGGGUCAGGCGGGCUCCCCUUCUGUGAUAGCUACCUCCAUCUCAGGAUCAGGCACAGGCAUAUACAGGUAGGUAUCGGCAUUGGCAUGGCACGUUGUUGUAUCAUCCCAGGAACGGCCGAACAUGUCGGCCAAAAUAAACCAAAUCUGGCGAUACGGCUGUACAUUCCCUUCUGGGAUCUCUGGGGUCCCUCCCCUCCAAGGGACCGAACCCAGCGUGAUUGCACAGGACUGCAGCCCACCCCGACAUCCAGCCCAUUGCCUCCCGGGGCGACAACCAGGCAGAGGAGCUCUUGCGUCGACCAUAGUGAGAGAGAUUGGGGGGGAGAGGUGCUCGGCGAAGAAGGGAAUCAAGGAGCGAGAGAGGGCAUCUCGGCUGGGAUAUCGGGAUGCUGCUCAUUGGGCCUCUGCGACAUUAGUUCUGUAUCGACUCCACGGAUGAACGCAUGACCGUUGCCGAGGCCCGGCCGAGGCCACUACCAAUGGGAAAAAGAUUAUCGAUUAAAAGGAACAGGGGGGGGGGGGUGGUUGUUGUUCUUGUUGUUGGUGACUCUCCCGCCCGCCCACUGUCUGUC